AAGAUGCCACAUGCAGCAAGUGGUGUUGGAAUGCAGACCAAACUGAGCACCUGGACGCCCCUGAACCACUCUCCUUCCAACAGCAAGCUUUUUGAAGAGAGACGGAGCCUCCUGGCAAAGUGGUUUGACAGGUGGUCUGACAGCCAGAGGAGGCUGGUGCUGCAAGACUUUAUCAUGGGAUGUUCUCAGGAGCAGCUCAGAUUCGUGAGCCUGAGUGUGAGCAGACAGCUCCCCCUGCUGGCUGCCGACUUCACCUGCCUGCUGCCAAGAACCACCUGCCUCUACAUCUUCUCCUUUCUGGACCCACGCAGCCUCUGUCGCUGUGCCCAGGUGAGCUGGCACUGGAAAAGCAUUGUAGAACUGGACCGGUUGUGGAUGCCCAAGUGUCUGAGGCUAGGCUGGUGUAUCAGCUUCUCCCCCACAGUGUUUGAACAGGGUGUGUGGAAGAGACACUACAUCCAGACUGUGCAGGAGAUGCUGCUCGUCCCAAUAAAAAAGGUCUGGAUGAGGCAACAGGCGGUGGUUCCAGAUGCAGCACCCAUUAGCAAAUAUGAGGACAUGUCAGCUCUCAGUGAGGGGCGGGCAACAGCCACAACCCAGGAAGGUGGCAGAGUGUCCAGGAGCAGAUUAAAAACGAAUCAUCCACCUGUGCCUCCACCUUGGAGAGACUCAGACCGAUGCCCCAAGGACACGGUGCGCUUCAACUACCUGGACAACUCGGACCCCAUCAGGCAAGCCAUUGCAGCGGAAAUGAAGAGCAGAGCAACCACCUGUAGCAGUAAAACUGACAAGGGAGACGACGGGAGACAGAAGACGCUGUCUGACACCAACUACAAACUACGCAAAGCUAAAUCUCUGAUGUUCCUCACUUCAAACUGCGACGCCCACCACCCUCCUCCUCGGCCCCAUUGGGCGUCUCACAGCCAAGGCUACCCCGUCACCAAGGAGGCGGGUCAGAACCUGCUGGGGCUGGCUCAGUGGAAUGCCGGGAAGCGUCCGGGCCCGGUGAGGAUGGCGGUACCCAGGCUGAGUGUGGAGGCCCUCAGGGCAUCCCAGCGUUCAAACCGGAGCGUUCCCAGUGCACCCCUGUUUGAAUUUCAUCCCUGGACUUCGCCGUUAACACUCACACAACACGUGGAUUGACCAACACCGCCCCCCGCAGGACAACUACGGAAUGACAGCUUCAUUUAUAAGGUGCAGAAGGCCAAUUGCUGCAGUUCAUGUGAAAGAAAAUGCACUGUAUAGCUGUUGGAAUUAAUACUUUUCUUAAUACCAGCCAAUAAUCAUGUUUAUAGGUUAGAAUGAAAUAUAAAAUGUGUUUAUAUGUAAGAAAUGUACCACCUUUAUUAUCCAAUUCACACAACCCUUUCAUUAAACAAUACAAAGCAAUUUAUAUAAUCGGCCAGUCUGCAACUUCUUUAAC